AUGAAGUCAUUCCUGCUCCUAAUUCCCCUUGUCCACGCUGGAGAGGUCGUUUGGGACGGCUUCUUCAACUCGUCCUUUACUGUCGAUCAGCUAGACAAAUGGUCUUGGUCUAACCCAGUCGGCCCAUACCAAUGGUACAUCCACGGCUCCGAGGCCACUAGCAACUACCUUGAAGUUAGCGCAGAUUUCAAGAACCCGGCGGACAAGAGCGAUGAGAAGGGCAUUCGCAUCAGCAUUGAUGACACCUCCUCCUGGAAUGGCCAAACCAUGAUGCGCUCUGAGCUCAUUCCUCAGACCGACGCUGAUCUCGGCUCUGGCACCCUGUUCUACCAUUUCUCCCUGCAAACCAAGGAGGAAAACGCCCCUACUGCGGCUCUUGAGCAUCAAAUUGCUUUCUUCGAG